AUGCCAUCAGAUUCCUCCGACCAACGCCGAACAACCACCGCGAAGAACCACCAGGUCGGGCUUGGUGCGCCGCCUUCGGAGCCUGAACACCUUCCUUGCCCACGAUGUGAUUCCACCAAUACCAAGUUUUGUUACUACAACAACUAUAACUUUUCUCAGCCGCGUCACUUCUGCAAGUCAUGUCGCCGGUACUGGACCCACGGCGGCGCUCUCCGGGACAUUCCUGUUGGUGGUGGUACUCGUAAGAAUGCUAAACGUGCACGUAUCUCCACCGCCGCUUCCCAUGACAACUCCUCCGUUUCCUCUGGUAUAGAAUACCACCACAUUUCUGCCACCUCCACCACCACCACCACAACCACAUCCGUCGCCUCCGUCCCUAUCUUGAUGUCAUUCGCCGGAGAUCACGGUGGGUCCGGGCACUGUGGGAGCUUCACGUCGCUUUUGAGUAACACUCAAAGCCCGGGGCUUUAUGGGCUUGAUCAAGAUUUGAGCUUUGGCCUUGGACGAACGAUUUGGCCGUUUUCCAGUAUUGGAGACGGCGUUGUUCCAGGUAACGCCGCCGCGGGCGGCGGUGGGAAUACGUGGCAGAUGGACAGUACAGACGGUGGUGGAGAUUAUUUGGUUUUCCCGGAUCUUGCGAUUUCCACACCAGGCAAUGCCAUGAAGUAG